AGCAAAGGGUCUAUCGAAUACGGUAGACUCGGUCAAUACAUCAGUCCAAAUGACUUUGGUGCUUGGAACCAAUUCACCGAUUUUAUUGAAAGGUAUGGCAAGGCCUACAGCAACGAAAGUGAAGCCCUGAAGCGGUUUCGGAUUUUCAAAAAGAACUUGGAGGUAAUUCGUAAUAUGCAAGAAAACGAACAGGGAACAGCUGUUUACGGAAUAACGCGGUUCUCUGAUCUUUCACCGGAAGAAUUCAAGAAGAUUUAUCUGCCGUAUACAUGGAAACAGCCAAAUAAUCCGAAACGAAUCGUAAACUUAGUCGCUGAAGGAGUGGAUCCGAAGGAGCCACUGCCAAAAUCAUUCGACUGGAGAAAACAUGGCGCAGUUACCGAAGUUAAAGAUCAAGUGUGGAAGCUGAGCUGUUGGGCGUUUUCUGUCACAGGAAAUAUCGAAGGCCAGUGGUACCUGGCCAAAAAGGAACUUGUGUCACUUUCGGAACAACAGCUCCUCGAUUGUGAUACCGUUGACUGGGGAUGUAACGGUGGACUGCCUAUCAACGCUUACCAGGAGAUCAUUCGCAUGGGCGGCCUGGAAUCGGAAGACGAUACCCGUACGAAGGCGAAGGAAGAGCAAUGUCAUCUUAUCCGCUCGAAUAUCUCCGUUUACAUUAACGACUCAGUCGAGCUGCCACACGAUGAGGAACAAAUGAAAGCGUGGGUGUUUAAGAAGGGGCCGAUAUCGAUAGGUAUCAAUGCAGACUACAUGAUGUUCUAUCAAGGCGGCAUUUCUCAUCCGAGAUCCUGUAAUCCAGCUGCUUUGGAUCACGGCGUUCUUCUCGUCGGAUACGGUGUCGAAAAGAAGAUGCCCUAUUGGAUUAUAAAGAACUCAUGGGGUUCUGAUUGGGGGGAAAAAGGAUAUUACAGGUAA